AACAACGCGGCUACGGCGUAGCAGCCGACUACUCGACCCAAUCGGACAAUAGGACCGGCGACGAUUCAUGGCGUUUUGUUAUUUUUUGUUAGAAUGUGAAUAAAAGCGACUCUUUGUGAGUGAAACCGUAGACAGUAUGCAGAGAACCGUUCAUUGUUGCCGAAAGAGACAGUUGUUAAUCGUUUUUGAACAUUAAUUUGGAGCAUGAUGUUACAGAUUGGGACGGUUUAGUGUUGCGGUAGACUGAAUGGGAUGUAAAGGAUCCGCAACUGGAUGUAGUGUAUAAUAAAUAAGCGUUCCAACGGGUGUUAUUUGUAAUCCAUGUGACGUUACAGUGUUAGUGGAACGUAAUUAAUACAAGACAAUUGAAUAGCGAGUGUUGAGAUGGAAUUUCUGUUUCCCCGCGCACUGUAACUCUGCUAAGGUAAAACGUGAGGCCACAACAUGUUGUGACGUCACACCCGGGCGAACUGCGAAAAUGUGCUUCUUAAACCAGGAUGUCUCGAACAGGACUUUGUUAUUCAUUAUAGUGCUUCUGUCUUUAAAACUUUGUAGUCCCCAAGACUUGAGUGAGGAUUUCAGCAACGAUGAAAGUGAAGAAAAAGUUAAUGUGGUAGCGGUGAAGAAAAUUGCAAGGAAUGUCGGUGGACCGUGCAGGUUGAGCGAGUUGUUGUGUGAUACUGGACAGUGUAUAUCGUUGGACAGAUAUUGCAAUGGUGAAGACGAUUGCGGGGACAAGAGCGACGAGCCUAAAGCUUGCACACCCUGCAACAGAACGUACUAUGGAGACGUGGGUCGCACGUAUGAGCUGGAGGUGCGAAGACCAAGAGAAGACCAUCUGCCUUUCGUGUGCCAUCUCAACUUCACUGCCAAUGGGGGUAACUACGGGGAUAUAAUACAGCUAACAUUCGACACAUUCACAGUGGGGAAGUUCGUGUCAUUCACCGCGGAUGGGUGUCCUGACGGUCACAUGACCAUAGUGGAGAGGAGUCCAUCGCCCCCCACUGGCCAAUGGUGUGGCUCCGCAUGGGGGUACACCGUAUACUUCAGCGAGUCUGAUUCUAUUAACAUGACAUUGAGAUUAGACAGGCUUAGUCAACAGGGUGUGGGGUACAAUUUCGAUUUCAAGUUGGCGUACAAGUUUCUGAGGAGGAGUGAGGCACGUCUGCGGUACGGGAAUUCUACUCUCGGUGCGUGGCGCGGGGAGAGGGUACCUGGCACUUAUUGCGACCGCAUCCUGAGUGAUUGUGACCUUCGAGCCUGUCGCAUCCAGUCACCCAACUUCCCCGGGGUAUAUCCUCGGAACGCUACUUGUACAUACCGCAUUGAACAUACUAAGAUACCAGCUGACAAACACGUGUUGCUAGCAGUAAGACAGACGAACAGUCAUAAAAUACAUAUCAAAGACCAAAUAGUGAAGUAUGAUAGAAGUCAACGAGUCUUGAAAAUUUGGGACCAGUGCAAUGUGGUACAAGACUACUUGACCGUAUGGGAUGGUGCAACUCGUGACUCUCCAGUGUUGGUGCGUUUGUGUGGAGGUGACGCUGUCCCAGACAUCGUCAGUCGAGGACCUAACAUGUUACUGGAAUUCCAUACAUCACCGUUUGACAAUCCGUUCCACCCGGUACCAUUGAGCUAUUUGCCUGGAUUCGAGCUUGAAGUUCAGGUGUUGUACGUGGACAAAGAGUCUCAUUCGUACGUGCGCUCCGACGGCCGCUGCCGCUUUGUGCUUCGCUCGUCUGACAAAACGAGCGGCGUUCUGCGAAAUCCGAGACAUUCUCUGCCACCGAAUAGUUCGUGCGUCUACUAUUUUCAGGGUCGUGCCAAUGAAAUAGUAUGGGUAUCAUUCGUGAAGUACCACUCAGCGGGGACCGAGCCCGCAGGGUUUGACCAGCAAAAGGACUGCUCGUCCCAACUGACCAUAUGGGACGGGGCGGCCCCUGACGCUGACCUCGACAGAAAGUUGGAUAUGAGUGACAAGAAGUCUCUUCUCGGUUCAUUCUGUCGAGAGGAAUCACCCCGAUUAUGUGAUCAUGCGUUGUUGUCUAACGCCACUCGUGCUACGCGACCCUGCGCACCCUCGGAGAGUUACAUCACUACAGGCCCUGCACUGACUAUUCUACAGGAACUUCGUCAAGGCUCGGCGCUAUACCCCAUCUCGUUCUUACUUCGCUAUGAAUUCGUGGACGUGAGCGAGCAAGGACAACCAUUGGCUGGGUCUCAAUCAGCUUGCGACAGAGUUUUCAAGUCUGCUCAAACUUACUCGGGAAGGUUCCAAGCCCCCAGGGCGAUAUUCUACUACGGGCGCGGCGGAGCACAAAAUCUCACCUGCAUUUUGAGAUUUGAAGCAAAACAAGGUGAAAGGGUUCAAAUAACGUUUACGAGUACAUAUUUUGGAAAUAAACACUGUAAUACACACAAAGACCCGCGGACUGGUCGUUGGAAAUGCGAUAGGCCUGCGAAAAGGACCAUCGGUGGCGAAGGUUUCGCCCAAAUCAUUAUUACGGAGUAUCCUUGGGACGGAGUGCCUAUAGAAAGAGAUUGUUUAUGUACUAAUAGAUCAGAUCCUUUAACUAUCCACACUUUGACAGCACCAGUUGUAGAAAUCAACUUUACUAUAACGAUGAUGAAUAUUACUGAGGAUUACGAUGACUUUGCCUUUGAAGGAGAAUAUAAAUUUGUUCCAACGGGGCCUGGCGACGAGACUGUCUGUUCCUCAGGGUGGGGUGAGAGGCGUCUCAGGGGCAGUAGCGGGGAGAUCCGCCUUUAUGAUAAGAGACACACGCCGAUCGCCCCCGAGAUUGUCGGAGAUAGGAAUGUUAUAUCGGAAAGCGUUAGAGCGGAAGUUGCUUGUGUCCAUAGACCAUGGCUUAUUGAACCUGGAGGGGACGACAUGACCCCUGUACAAGGUCGAUAUUUGUACGUCAAAAUACCUGGCCAUGAAAUAACAUCGGGUUUACCUGUCUGUUCUACACCUAACCGAUUAUUUAUAUACGAAGCCCGUGACACAUCCAAACUCCGAGAAAUAUGCCCAGACGAUAAGAACUUCAUAGAACUCUAUUCACCUGGAUGGAAAUCAGCGCAAACUCCUUUAGAAUCCUCUCUUAAACCACAUGCAAGGAGCUAUGUCAUUGACUUUUUGCAACAUGAACAAGCUGAUUACUCGAUAAAAUGGAUAGAGCUCAUGAAGAAACCUAUCUUCGAUCACGAUCCAGAAUCCAGCAUACUGACAGCUUCUUUCUCAUUGGAUUGUCGUUACAGCUGUCCGGAGUUAAACGCCUGCAUCCCGAACGCAUUAUGGUGUGAUGGAAGUCCUCACUGCCCGUCAGGAUACGACGAAGACGACUCUAACUGUUCCUUCAGAAUAUCUCUACCACCACCUUACGUUGCCGCCGCUGCCGGUGCUGGUCUUCUCCUAUGCGCUGUGUCUGUUGCCCUUUGCGCGUGUAGAAGAAGGCGAAGAAAGGACAAAGAGUUCAAAGCAAGAUUGGACGGUGCGUUACCUCCUGAGGAACGACCAUAUGACCGUGCCAAAACGAAUGGUGUUGUCGCCGCGCCGGAAGCAGCUCGGCAAUACGCUACGGUGCAGAAGUAUGCCACUAUAGAUAAGUACAGCUUAAGUCAGAAGUACAGCGCCGGGCUGAAUGACGCCCGGUACUAUGACGAAGUGGCACAAAGGGAUAAGCUCGCGGAUACAAGGUACGCUAGUUUAGGUCGAGGCGGUCGGGGUUUACGAGUUGAAAAUAAUAGAGGCAACGGCUCUAGAAGAGCCAUGCCUGAUCUAGGAUAUCCGGACCUCAAAGACGGCUUUUGUUGACCCUCUCCGGAUCUUUUAGAAACGACGGUCUAGCAAUUUGGGACUUUCGGAGCUCCUCCGGAACCAUUUGAAAUCAUUUAAUGAUUUGUGUUUAUUGUGGACUACUAGAAUGAAGACUGAAUUUGGCGAAAGUGCCUCCCUAAUAUUUUUGGUCAAAUCCGUAGAGUUACUUGGAAAUAAAACGUGCUGCAUAAACGAUUGUACGUAUAUGUUACCCUAUCAUUAAAGUAAUGGCUUUAAUGUUUGUUUGAGGCCUAGUUUCAUUCCUCAUAUUGUAGUGAAUUUGUAAAUAAGAUAAACUAAUAUAGCUGUCUACUCGAACCCCAACUAAAGCAAUCGGUUCCGGUUCAUCAGUUUCAAUAUACUUUAAUUCAUCAAAUAACAUAUCUAAUUGUAUAUAAAACGCUUGACAAUACAACUUUAAGAUACAAGAUCGGUUUAAAGUGUGUUAAAGGAAUGAGUUGUUAGUGUACAUAACAUUUACAUCAUUUUGGACAUAAACUCUGUAUAAAAUCAAAUGCUGUUCAUUAUUAAUAAAUAUAAAUAAUUUUAAAAUCAUAAGACAUCUGCAUUUUGUGGAUAAUCACAGCUGUAAUGAAAUAGAUAUAAAAUGAAAUGUGAUAUAGGUUGUAAAAAAGUAGCUAAGCGUUCAUAAACUGUAUAACUUGUAUUAGGUAAAAUUUCUUUUGUGUAUAAAAUAACAGUAAAUGUAACUAACACUAACGAUUGGUUGUACAUAAAUUAUAGAAUAAGAUUUUUAAAGUCUGUAUAAUUAUU